AUCCGCACUCUCCCUAUUGCCUCCUGCAAUGCUAGCUCAGAUGGUUGAAGCUUGAAUCCUCCGCCCCAAACUCGUACUUACUCCAGUGCGCUCCCGCUCAAAAAUGAACUCCAAGCGCACGCCAUGGCGCCGAUGCCGAGUGCGCCUUCCAUUUAUCCUCAGCCUGAUUGCGGUAUUCACCGUUCUCGGCGUAUUAAUGGUCGAUCUCAGGUCCAUUGAUCCAUCUUCUGAGCUACCCAUCAACAAUACAACCCUACAAAUCUUUGAGAAUGAUGAUAUUUUAGCUAAUAUGACGGUGGACAAGCUGGAAGAAGCUGAUGCUGGAAAGAAAUGCGCAACAGUUGAAGAGAUGGGAGAGAUCUUUCGCAGAGGUUAUUUGGAGGAAAGCCUUAGAGUUAGAAGAAUUAUUCAUAAUCACUUCGCUAUUAACGGUGCUUCAAGAGUACGGGAACUUCAUCCGGAAGAAUUCUGCAAUCAUGGCUUCGUGAUUGGAAAAGCAUCAGAAGCUGGUUUGGGUAAUGAAUUAUACAAGAUCUUAACUGCUGCAGCUUUGAGCGUGAUGUUGAACCGGUCAUUGAUAAUUGCGCAAACCAGGGGUAGGUACCCUUUUGGUGAAUUCAUCUCCUAUUCCAACAUUUCCUUUACAAUGAAAGAAGUGAAGCAUUUGUGGAGGCAGAAUCAUUGUCUGACAAAAUAUGGAAGGCAUCUAAUAAUGAGGAUUGAUGAUUUUCAGAGGCCAACAAGGACAGAUGUUCUCUGUAGUAAUUGGAGAGAAUGGGAGCAACCUAUCAUAUGGUUCCAAAAUACUACAGAUGCUGUGGCUGCCCAGUUUUUCUUAAAGAAUAUACAUCCUGAAAUGAGGGAAGCUGCCUCUGUUCUAUUUGGGAGGCCAGAAAAUCUCCAAUACAGGGCUAAUGUGUUUGGGGAGCUCAUGAGAAUUCUAAUCUCUCCUUCAAGAAAUGUUGAAUGGGCGGUAAAUUGGGCUCUUAGUGGCGGAAAGGAUCCUGAUAUUGCACUGCACAUGCGGAUGAUGAUGAAUAGGUCAGUGAAGGCAAAGCAGGCGGCCUUAGAUUGUGUAAGAAGAGCUGUCAAUAAUCUUCCAUUGAUUUCAAAACCUAAAGUGGUUUUGGUUUCUGAUACCCCUUCUAUGGUUAAAGACAUCACACCAAGUUUAGAGGAAUUCGCGGAGGUUGUUCACUUUGAUUACAAUCACUUUGAAGGAAAUAUAUCUAGUUCCCGAACCAAAUCAAACAGCUUAAACUUCAGAGUGCAGGACUGGGGUCCAGCACCCAGAUGGGUAGCCUUUGUUGAUUUCUUUCUUGCAUCACGUGCAAAACAUGCUGUUAUUUCUGGUGCUCACCGGCGUGUUGGUACAACCUACGCUCAGCUGAUUGCAGCACUUGCAGCAGCUUACAGGCUUGAAGAGAAUGCAUCUUCCAACUCGAGCAUAACAUUCCUUAGUAGCUUCCAAAGUAAUUUGCUUUCAGAGGGUCUGAAGGAUCAGGGUGGAUGGGGGCAUUUGUGGAACAGAUUUGCUGGUCCUUUAAGCUGCCACAGCCAGCCUAAGCAAUGUGCUCUAGCUCCUAUUCUUCCUCCAGCUUGGUGGGAUGGACUUUGGCAAUCACCCAUUUCACGAGACAUCGAAAAGAUGGAAGCAUAUGGCAUUAAACUCUCAGGUUUUGGAACAUUCGAUGAAAGCCAACUAAAUCAUUUCUGUCGGUCCAGGAAAAAACCUGUGGUCUCUGUUCAGCUGAUUUAGGCAAUGGAGUUGUUCCAGAUAUUAGGGCCUCGCCUGGCUGUAUUCAACCUUUUGUUCCAGUGAAACUGUUUGUUGAGCAUUCAUUAAUUCAUUCACAUUACAGAUUGCAUGAUGAACAUAUGUAUGUAUCUCUAUGUAAAACACUCUUUUAGGAAUGAGAAUUGGUAAGGCUGCCACUGGUGUUCACAGAACUUUCCUGAUCUCCAAACAC